AUGACCAACCUCACAGCACUGACGGGAUUCUUCCUCAUGAAAUUCUCUGACUCCAGGGAGCUCCAGGUUUCCCUUGCCUUUCUGUUCCUGCUCAUUUACAUGGCGUCCCUCCUGGGGAAUCUCAUCAUCAUCCUUGUCACCUUGGACCACUGUCUUUGCACCCCCAUGUACUUCUUCCUGAGGAACUUAUCAUUCCUUGAUGCUUGUCUCAUUUCUGUCACAGUUCCAAAAUUUGUUCUGGACUCUCUCUCUCACAGGAGCCUCAUUUCUUUCCCAGGAUGCCUGUUACAGGUCUUGUUCGUGGUUCACUUUGCCACCUGUGAACUUUUCAUCCUGACGGCCAUGUCGUAUGACCGCUAUGCAGCCAUCUGUCACCCACUGCAUUACAACAUCAUGAUGAGCAGGGCCGUGUGUGUGAAGAUGGCAGCUGCCUCCUGGGUCUUUGGGGGCAUCUUUGGGGUCUUGUACUCAGCUGGAACCUUCCCUUUAUCUUUCUGUGGCUCCAGAAAACUCCCCCAAUUUUUCUGUGAUGUGCCCUCCCUACUAAAGAUUUCUUGCUCAGAGAUACACACUGCCAUUGAUGUUAGUGUAGCAUUUGGUGUCAUAUAUGGGCUUUUUUGUAUAGGUUAUAUAGGUUAUACAUAUGUUUCCAUAUUCAAUACAGUGCUGAUAAUGCCAUCCUUACAAGGACGGUCCAAAGCCUUCUCCACAUGCCUGCCCCAUCUCACAGUAGUGAUGACAUUUCUUAUAACAGGCACCACUGCCUAUCUGAAGCCUGUUCCUGAUUCACCACAUCUUGUGGAUUUUUUAGUGUCUGUGUUCUAUGCUGUGUUGCCUCCAUUUCUGAACCCAGUAAUAUACAGUCUAAGAAACAAGGAAAUCAAGACAGCUUUGGGGAAGUUUGUAUGGAAACUUUACAUGAUUUUAUAG